AAAUUGCAAUGCAUGUCCAAUGAGGGGAGAGUGCCGACACUUCGCAAGCGCUUUUGCAAGUGCAAGGCUUGCCCUCCCAGGGCCAGAAGAGAGAAGUAUAGUGAGUUCAACUGCUCCCCUAGCAUCGGAUAAAUACCCUGUAGUGCUCAACCCCAUGGCACUUCCUCCAGCAGAAACCAACUUGAUUAGAGAGGCAGAGUUCGUGAAUGGCAAGUGUGAACCUAUUGUUGAGGAACCAAAAACACCAGAACAACCCAUAGAAAUAUCAGAAAGCGACAUUGAGGAUGCAUUCUAUGAGGAUCCUGACAAUAUCCCAACAAUCAAGCUCAACCUUGAAGAAUUCACCCUGAAUCUACAGAACUAUAUGCAGGAGAACAUGGAACUCCAAGAAGGCGAUAUGUCCAAAGCACUAGUUGCUUUGAAUCCAGAAGCAGCCUCUAUCCCUACACCCAAGCUAAAGAAUGUCAGUCGAUUGCGAACAGAGCACCAAGUGUAUGAGCUUCCAGAUUCACACCCUCUCCUAAAAGAGCUGGAUAGACGAGAGCCUGAUGAUCCAAGUCCAUACCUUCUUGCAAUAUGGACACCAGGUGAAACUGCAGAUUCAAUUCAACCUCCUGAAAAUAGGUGUGGGGCCCAAGGACUAGGAAAUCUGUGCAGUGAGACAACGUGCUUUUCAUGCAAUAGCAUAAGAGAAGCAAAUUCACAGUUUGUCAGAGGGACUGUUCUGAUACCAUGUAGAACCGCAAUGAGAGGGAGUUUUCCACUCAAUGGCACAUACUUCCAAGUUAAUGAGUUAUUUGCGGAUCAUGAAUCUAGCCUUAAUCCAAUCGACGUUCCAAGAGCUUGGAUAUGGAACUUGCCAAGAAGGACAGUGUACUUUGGAACCUCUGUAACGACAAUUUUCAAAGGUCUGUCAACAGAAGGAAUCCAAUACUGCUUCUGGAGAGGAUUUGUUUGUGUGAGGGGAUUUGACCGGAAAACAAGAGCACCACGACCUCUCAUGGCCAGAUUGCAUUUUCCCGCUAGUAAGUUGGCAAGGUUAAAAAAUGAAGAGAAAUAAAAGGUGGCCAAGAUGCAAAGAGGGUUACCAAUUUAAGGUACUAACCAAGAUUUAUCCCUUCAAAGAAGAGAGAAGACAGCUGAGUAGGAAAACAAGAUGGAUGACUAACAAAUUCUUGCACAUUCUAUUGCUCCUCCUCUAACAUGAGGUGCAUUUCAGAUGUAAUUCAGGCAGCAGAAAGAAAUUUUCAAGUUAAUUGGUGAUAUCCACCAAUGAGUGGGCAUUAGGCUGUAGAUGAUUAAAAUUAUAAUUUUUUUUUCCAAUUCAUGCUCAAGAAAUGAGCCAUUUUUCAGAUGUUAGCCAGUGUUAGAGAAACAGACAGAGGUCUCUUGAGAUAUAGUUAAUACACAAUCCCCCUACAUUUGUGGAGUAGUUGCAAAAAGGCAGAAAUUACAUGAGUUUCUUCAAAGCAAUGUUCC